UUUUCUUACUACUUCCUUACUAUAAGCAUCUACAAGGUUAUUACGACUUUGUGGUAAAUAUACUAGUUGGAUUGGCUGGAAGAAUACAUAGAAGAAUACGAAUGAAGGAAGACAUUAUUGCGUUAUGAUUUAUCUUUUAUGUUGCAAUUUUAUUAUUUUAAUUACAUUGUAGAAAAUGAUUUGUAAAUGCGCGUGCCUGAACAUGUCACUUGUAAUAAAACAGGAGUCAUUCAAUCAAAAUGAAAGUAACUGCCGUUAAUGAAACGAUAACGAGCAUAUGUAUAAAAUUUAAAGAUGUCAGAACGUGUUUAAAUUGUCGUUAUCGCGGAAUUGACAAUGGAAGAUUUUAACGAUGGUGUGGAUGGUAAAUUGGCUUUUAGAAUGCGAAAAGUCAAUCCAGAGCAAUUUCACACUCUCGUCAAAAUGCAUCUAUCAUUUGAAUUAGACCUUAAUACCGAAGACAGCAAUGAUUGCAUCAAUGAAAAGACGAAGCUGAAAAAGUGGAGUCUUCUAAGUUUUUCAAAGAAACCUAAGUCAACAAUUAAUUUACAAAAAGGGAUUGAGGGGGUUAGCUUAUCCGAAGAUGGGAUAAAUCAAGUGAAACAGUUAAUAGAAUACUUGUCUAAAGAACAAAGCAUUAUACAAGAAGGAAUAUUUCGACGUACUGGUAAAUUAACAAGACAACAAGAUUUAAAAAAUGCAUUGUAUCAAGGCAUUCCAUUGAAUCUUAAUGAUGGCCGAUAUAGUGUACACGAUUGUGCAUCAGUAUUAAAAGGAUUUUUGGCAGAUUUACAAGAACCAUUGUUAUCAGAUUUGCAUUACCCUACACAUUGUCAAAUUGCUGAGUUAUGUAGUUCUGAUGUAAAUGGAAAUGAUGCAAGAUUAUUAAGAUCUCUGCAAUUGAUUUUAUUACUUCUACCAUCCAUAAACAGAGUUUUACUUAAGUGUGUUUUGAAUCUUUUAAAUAAGACAGCUAGUUUUGAAUCUAAUAAUAAAAUGAAUUGUGAUACCCUUGCUACACUUUUUACACCUCACUUAAUGUGCCCAAGAAAACUUUCACCAGAAGCUCUACAUAUCAAUUCUCAAAAUUUAUCAUGUUUAGUUGCUUUUAUGAUUAAAAAAGAAAAAGAACUAUUUGAAAUUCCACCAAAAUUAGCUACAGAUAUCAGAGCAUAUUGGGUGGAACAAGAAAGAAAAUUACUGAGUCCUAAAAAUGUAGAUUUAAAUGAAUCUAUACCAGAUACAACAGGUACAGCACACACGGUAUUCAGUUUUGUAGAUCAUAAAUUAACAGCAAAGGCAAAUUCUACGCAAGAUACUCAGGCAGCAUUAGCACAACUUUAUGCUCAUAUACAAGCUAUGCCAGAAUCAGCUAAAAAACGCAGACUUGUAAAACAAUUUAAUAAAGAAAAUGGUCAAGGCACACCUAGACAAGUUAAGCAUUUUCGAACUAAAAGUCUUGGAGAUUCAAUUAAAAAGCACAUAUUCCAGAAAAAGAUUUUGGGACACAAAAAAUUUGAUAUUAAUAUAGGUUGCAAUAUCACUAGAUCAAGUAGUGAAGAAAAUAUAUUAUCAUCGAAUCUAGAAAAAUCAUUACUUCAAACAAAAGUAUUACUUAGCAAAUCAGACGAUGAGCUUAGCAUAGAAAACUAUGAUACAAAUAAUGAUAGUCUUCUUCAUACUAAACAUAUUAGUAAUAGUACUGGUAGUCUUAAUACUCCUAAAUUAAGAAGUUAUAGAGAUAAGAGAAAGGCUAUAUUGAUGAAAUUUGUAAAUAUAAAAGAAGAACAAAUGGACGACGUAUAUCAUGAUUGGGAUAUAAAUAAAUCAGAUAAAGGAUCAUAUAUAGAUGAAUCUAUAAAUUCGAUGUCAAGUAAUGCAAACAUAUCUCUGCAAGAUUUUAAUAAUGAAGAAUUAGCAAGAGAUAAUAAUAUUGCAAUUAAUACUGUUAGAUUAUCUAGACAAUUCAGUGAACCACCACAUAUAUAUUCUUCUCAAACUACUUUGAAUGAAAUCAGCCAAAAUGAAUUAUUUAAACAAAGUUCAGAACCUAAAAUUUCAGUAUCAGGAGCAAUUGGAGAGAAUGCAUCUAUAAUUAAGUGUAGCAAUGACAACAAGAAAACGGUGGAAUAUUCAAAAGUGGGAUCAUACACUGAAGAUGCAUGUGUUCAUAUAUCUCCUAUUGUAAAAAAUAGAUUUUGGAAUGUAUAUGUUACCCAUACAUCAACGCCAUCAAAUUUAUUACGCAAAAGCUUAGUUACUAAUGAUUAUGUGUUAACUCCUAUUACUAACAAUGAUAAAAGCAUGAGUCCAAUUACACAAAGCACUACUAAAAUGACAAAAGCUAUGCAGGAAACUAUGAUGACACCACGAUCUAGAAAACCAGUAAUGAUGGUUUCUGGAUCAAAUCUAUGUACUCUCGCUUCUGUUAAUGAUAAUUGGAAUCAACAAAGUAUAUCUAAUGAUAUACGUGAAUCAAAUUUUGAUAUUAUUGGUCCAAUGAAUUGUACUUCAAUUCCUGAAGAACCUCAAAAACCUAAUAGCACAAACAGCGAAAUUUUAUAUAAUGAAAUUAUUGAUUUCGAGGACAAAGAAAAUUUAGACAAAAAUGCAAUGGAAAAAGGAAUAUUCGUUACAUCACUUGCAGAUGACUGUUAUGUAAUUAAACAACAAAGUACCAUGUCUAUAACAAGCACAUUUAGAGAAUAUUUAUUGUCAAGAAGUGUAUUAACUGCUAGUCCCGUUGAUCUCAGUUUUUCGUCGCGUACUGGAGAUUUCGAACAAUCAGAAUCCGAUUUAAACAUCUUAAAUGAGAAUGGCCUUUCUGAAAGCUUACUUUGUUGUUUAAAUGGAAAUCAACCAGAAUCUGAUACUUCUGGUAUUGCAUCUGGUAGUACUAAUAGUGUGAAUUCGUUGGAAAAGAAUGAAGAAGUAACGAGUUCACCAAGAAAACGGGCAACUAGUUUACAGCGUAAUGAUUCUAAAAAAUCAAUAAAAGAAUCUAGAACAUUAAGUAAUAUACGAGGACAAGGUUUCAAGAAUAAACAAUUAAGCGAAUCAACAUUAAAUUCUGCGAAAAUAAAAGACACAUUUCAAGAAACUUCAUUUUAACAUAUUUAUAAUUUGCAAAAACCGACAUGUUUAAAUAUAUUGUAGUUUAAUAACACAUUAACUUCUUUAUUUUUGUGUAAACUUUUUCUCUUUAAUAAUACUUUUACUUUGAAAUAAUAUAAAAACCUAUUAUAUCAAUAGGUUUUUGUUAAUGGUAUAAAACAAAAUUCCGAAAUUUAGUUUUAUUAUCUAACUUUUUAUUUUAAAACUUUCAUUACUUCUG